AUAGUACUCAACAAGAGGUAGUCAUAUGCCAGGCAGCAGCUAUUGACUGUCAGAUGCAAAUCUCAACACAAGAAUGGCCAACCACCAUGAAAAAUUUAAUAACCGCUCUUAUAUAUACAACCUUAAUAAUACCUAAAAAAGCUAAA